AUGGAAAAGAGUACAAAUGAUUUGCUAAAGAAAUUGUUGCUUGACAAUCAACAGCUCAGGACCGAUUUCAGAAAUCUUGAGAGGCAAAUGGGGCAGUUAGCAACAAAUCAAAAUACUAGACCUGCAGGAGCUCUCCCCAGUGAUACAGAGAAGAACCCUCAAGAUAAUGGAGUUACACUCAGAAACGGGAGGGAACUAGAGGAAGUGCCAAAGAAGAGAAAAGACAAGCCUAUACCUGAGGGGGAGUUGAUUCCUAAGGCGACACAUGAAUCAAAGAAAAAGGAUGCAACUUCAGAGCCAGUGGAGGCUGCAAGACCACCACCACCUUUUCCUCAGAAAUUGCAGAAAAAGAAUUAUGAUCUUGCACUUACUGAGGAGUGCAUUCCAAGGGUCCAGAACAAGCUCCCUCAAAAGCUUAAGGAUCCUGGUAGCUUCACCAUCCCUGUGCGAAUUGGUAAUAUUGAUGUGGGUCGUGCUCUUUGCGAUUUGGGGGCGAGCAUAAAUAUGAUGCCCUUAUCCUUGUUCAAGCAAUUGGGUCUGGGAGCUCCAAGACCAACUACUAUGAUGUUGCAGCUGGUUGAUAGGUCUAUAGCACACCCUGAGGGAGUGAUUGAAGAUGUAUUACUGCAAAUUGGGAAGUUCAUAUUCCCUGCGGACUUUAUUAUAUUAGAUUAUGAGGCUGAUGAACUGGUUCCAAUAAUAUUGGGGCGGCCUCUCUUGGCUACUGGUGAUGCAAUUAUUAAAGUGAGAGAUGGAAAAAUGAUUUUGAGAGUGGAUGACUUGGAAGCAGUAUUUAAUGUCUACAAAGCAAUCCAACUUCCCAGCCACUAUGAGGAGCUCUCGAUGAUAUCUGUUGUGGAGGUGGACGAGCAACUUCUUAACACGAGUGUGUGA